AUUGAUGAAUCAUCUGACAACAAUGGAUUAAAUUUUAGAAAAUAUACUGAAACAUGUUCAAACAGGAAUUAUUAGCUUUUCUCAAAAGAAUAUUUUUCACAUCUAUUGUUAUAAAUUCCAGAAAAAGAUUAAAGGUUUAAAAGAUUAAGAGAUUAGAAUAAUAGAAAGUAAAAACUAUUUUCUAAGAAGAAAAAAAUUUUAGUCGGGAUAAGCAUCACCUGGUUUUCCUUCCCCCACAAAAUAUCAACCAAUCACAACGUUCCCCCACUCUUAAAAAACUUAUAGUAGGGAUAAGCAUAACCUGUUUUUCCCUUCUCCCACAAAAUAUUAACCAAUCACAACGUUCCCCCACUCUUAGUGAAAAGAGGAAAGGGAACUUUUUCGUUGGUGGGGGACCUGAGAUUUAGUAUAUAUUCUCGUGCACAGAGACUAAGCAUCACUCAUCGUUCAGUCCAUCAGCUGUAGUGCGCCCAGUCUUAGAAACCAACAAAUAUUAAAAAUGGGUUUUGCAAAAGCAAAAAAACUUCAAAAAGCUAACGAACGCAAAUCAUUGAAAGAUUUAAAAAGAAAAGUAGUUUAUAAAAUUACUAAAGUAGCGAGAUUUCCAACAUCAAAGUAUGGUCCAGCGCUAACAGUUGAAAUCAACAAUGAAAAUUAUGCAUAUCUACCAAAAAGAUUUGCUACACAUUUCAAUCAAGAUGAUCAAGAAUUUAAGGAGCUAGAAAAUGCUGUCAAGAAAGGAACACUAACCAUGGUUCUUGAUGGUGAAAAUAACCAAGAUGUAAUAUUAGAUGAUAGUACAUAUGAUCUACGUGAUUUCGAUGAUGAUGAGGAAAUGUGAAUAAAUAAAUAAAUAAAUACACUAAAUCAAAUUAUUUUCGUUUGUUUUUAUUUAAUUAAAACCAUAGGUUACAAUUAAUUUACGUUAACUUAUGUACUAUUCCACUUAUUGGUCUAUAUUCAAUUAUUUUAUCAUGUAAAAUUAAGCAAUAUGCUGUCGUUCCUUGAGGAAAAUUUUCUUUUGAUUCAAAUUCCAAGCGUACAUCUACAGCACCAGUCUUCAAAAACUCAUUUUGUUUACUACAAUCAAUAACAAUUAAUGGAGAUUUUUUAAUAAAAUUAUCUUUUGUUACUAAAUCUAUUUUUGAGCCAUAGUAAGACUCUGCAAAAUUAGCAUACAUAUCAUAUAAUAAAGCAAA